GAAGCCUUAACUCACAUGCCCACCCACCCAACCCCGCCCGUGAUUAAUAAGACGGACUCGCCCCGACCGCAGCCGGAGCAGCAAGAAAAGCGAGCAGCGAAGGUGGGGGAGGAGAUGGAGAAGGAGGAGCCGAGGCGGAAGCUAUCGCCGGCGGACUCCCGGGCGGUGGCCCUAGCGUUCAUCCGCGCCCUGGGCGCCGGCGCGCGCCUCCCGGCCGCGGCCGACCAGCCCGACGCCUACUCCUCGCUCGUCCGCGCCAUCCUCUCCUCCGCCGCCGUCUCCGCCUCCCCGGCCCCGCGGGUCUCCUGCACCAUCGCCGUCUCGCCCGCCGUGACCAACGCGUACAACACGCUCCACGGCGGCGCGGUGGCGGCCGUAGCCGAGGCCGUCGGGAUGGCGUGCGCGCGGGCUGCUGCCGGGGACAAGGAGAUGUUCCUCGGUGAGCUCAGCACCGGUUACCUCGCCGCCGCGCGCCUCGAUUCUGAAGUGGAUGUUGAAGCGCAGAUACUGAGGAAAGGCAGGUCGGUCGUGGUUACCACUAUCGAGUUCAGACUCAAGGACACCAAGAAGCUCUGCUACACAUCUCGGGCCACCUUUUACAUAAUGCCCGUGGCAAGCCUAUGAACAAUCAAGUUUUAUAUGUGCAAAUUGUUGUAUUUACAGGACCAGAUUCUGUAUUGUGUAUAGUUAAAUCGGAUAACAUAUAUCUGUUGCAUUAAUGAUGAAAUAAAAACCAUAUCGACUCA